UCGGCUUCGCUCGGGCGUGCGGUGCGCUGUGCGGGGUGGCCUCUCUCGGUCCUCAGAGCCCGGCCGACGUGCGUUCCCCGCCCUCCCCGGAGAAUCAUGACAACCAAGGCUGUGUGCGUGCUGAAGGGCGACGGUCCGGUCCAGGGCACCAUCCACUUCGAGCAAAAGGCAAAUGGUCCAGUUGUACUAUCGGGACGCAUUACAGGAUUGACUGAAGGCCAGCAUGGGUUCCACGUGCACCAGUUUGGAGAUAAUACACAAGGCUGUACGAGUGCAGGUCCUCAUUUUAACCCUCAAUCCAAAAAACAUGGUGGGCCAAAGGAUCAAGAGAGGCAUGUUGGAGACCUGGGCAAUGUGACUGCUGGCAAGGAUGGGGUGGCCAAUGUGUCCAUUGAAGAUGCCCUCAUCUCACUCUCGGGAGAGAAUUCCAUUAUUGGCCGUACAAUGGUGGUCCAUGAGAAGGCAGAUGACUUGGGCAAAGGUGGAAAUGAAGAAAGUACAAAGACAGGAAAUGCUGGAAGUCGUUUGGCCUGUGGUGUGAUUGGGAUCGCCCAGUAAACAUUCCCUGCCAUGUGGUCUGAGUCUCAGUAGCUCAUGUGUAAACCUGCUAGCUUUAGAAAUUGAACUUCAUGAACAUUAAACUGUAAUCAUUAAACGUAAUUGUGUGACUUUUCUUUAACUACUUUAAAUACUUGUAAUUAAAAAUGAUUAUGAUCACUUGGAAGAUAUGUAUAGUUUUAUAAUUCAUUGAAUUAAAGUGUUUCAAUGUAUUUCUGUAUUCUGCCAGAGUUAAUCACAUACAGGUAUUUUACUUUCUCAUUCAAGCUUGUCAGUAAACACCAUGUAUGACACGAUUUUGAGCCUAUUAAAGUAUCCAAGUGACAA